AUGGACACAAAAUCAGUCAUGUCUCCGAAGCCGGUGUUCUUCCCCGACGAUCUCAUCAUCCAGGUCAUUCCUUUUCUUCCUGUAAAAUCUCUUCUUCGAUUCAAAUGUGUUAGUAAUUCUUUGAACACUCUCAUUGCCGAUCCUACUUUUGCUAACUUGCACCUCAAAAAAUCAAAAACAUCACCAAAUACGCAAUUCACAUUGAUCACUAAUCACGUCAAGCCUAGUGUGGACACCGGUUCCUGCAAUGGAUUGAUCUGUCUCGUUGGUUAUAAUUCCAUAUCUAAUAAGUCCUUCUCUAGAAGGGACAAUAUACAUCAAGACUACUGGUUGCGAUUAUGGAAUCCGGCCACUAGAAAAAUAUCUCAAAAAAUUGGUUAUCUUCGUGAUGUACGCUGUUUCGUCUUCAAUUUUGGUUGGGAUGACUCCACAGGCACGUUUAAAGUGGUUGCGUCACGCACUGAUCAUCAUAGUUAUACAAACAAAGUGAAAGUUUUCACUAUUGGUGAUAAUGUUUGGAGAAAAAUUGAAGAGUUCCCCGCUGUUCCUCUUGGUUUGGGUUGGCGUGGGCAACGUAUAGAUAAGGGAUAUGAAUAUGGUUGUGUGUUUUUAAAUAAUGCUUUUAACUGGUUGGCUAUUCACAAGCGCUCUAGGUUAAAUGCCACUUUCAAUUGGAGUUAUUAUGUAAAGCGCAUUACUGUUGAGGGCCUUGUUAUUGUUUCGCUAGAUCUGAGGACGGAGACAUAUAAUCAGUAUCGGCUGCCUCAGGGUUUUAAUAAGUUGCCGCCCGAAGAGCCAACUAUUGGUGUGUUGGAGGAGUGUCUUUGUUUGUGUUAUUCUUAUAAGGAAACUGGUAUUGUUAUAUGGCAGAUGAAGAAAUUUGGGGUUGAAGAGUCUUGGAUUCAAUUUCUUAAAAUUAGUUAUCACGUUCUUGGAUUAGACUAUGAUAUUUCGUUCUUGCCAUUGUUUCUUUCUAAGGAUGGUGAUACAUUGGGAUUGUGCAGUUCUCAAAAUGAGGUAGCAAUUCUUUAUAAUUUGAGAGAUAAUAGUAUGCGGCGAAUAGAAGUUAAAGUGCACAAAACUAUUAUAGAUGGUAAAACUCGCAAUUCGUUAUACUUGAGUCUGGCCCAAGGUUAUGUUGAAAGCUUAAUUUCAGUUUGUUGA